AACUUUCAAUACUUGAAAAAAUUGGAAUACCUAGACGGAAAGCACCGCAAUGAAUUUCUUUAAGCCCAGAGAAUCCACGGCUAAUGGUGCGGCCUCAUCGCCACCUCCGCCGCCGCCGCCGCCGCAUGUUCUCCUCCAGCAUGCCAUCAACUCUGUCCAAACUCAUUUCUCAAACUUGGUCAAUGAGUGGCGUAACAAACCCCUUCUGAGAAAUCCCGUAUUCGCCAAAAUUUCAAACGGAAACAACACCGUAUAUGGACAGUCCAAUUCCGUCGGCAGCAGUUCCAGUGCCAAGAAUUUCGCGAUGUCAGACGAAGCUAUUGAGGAGAGGCUCGCUGGAGUGCCGGUGUAUGCACUGAGCAACGGUUCACAGGAGUUUGUCCUCGUUUCGGGCACGAACACGGGGAAAAAUCUCGGUUUGUUCUGCUUUAGCGAAGCCGAUGCUGAUUCCAUUCUUAAGCAGAUGAAAUCGGUCGAUCCAUCUAUGAGCUCUGGCUCGGAGGUCGUGGCUGUUGCCUUAAGCAAGAUUUUUCAGCUGAAAGUUGACGGAGUGGCUUUUAGGCUGAUUCCUGAGGCUUCUCAGAUAAGGAAUGCAUUGAAGGAGAGAAAAACUUCUGGCGUCACUGAUGAAAGUUUUCCAGGGGUUCCAGUUUUCCAGUCAAAAAGCUUGAUUUUGCGGAGCCACAACAAGAGAUACCGUCCUGCUUUUUUCAGAAAGGAGGAUCUCGACAAGUCCCUUUCAAGAGCUUCGCGUGAUCAGAGGCAGUUAAAUCCCCUUCUGAGGCAAGGAGAGAUACAGGUUGCCACUCUUGAGGAUAUAAUUCAGCAAAUGAAGGACACCUCAGUUUCCUCGUGCGAUGAUGUGGUCUUCAUCCCACCGGGCUUUGAUGUUUCAACUGAUCCCUUUAAGAAAUAAACUUGUAGAUGGAUGAUGAUAGUGCCAUAGAGUAUCGUUGCGGUUACAGGUAUGUAUUUAGUUGUCUCUAGUUUUAGCUUGGAGCAGAAGAUAGAUAUAUAUAUAUAUAUUUAUAUAUAUAUAUAACAUUACAAGCUGGAUUUUGUUUCAAGAAUGGUUGUUUUCAUGGAUUGCGGCGUAGGGAUGAGCUGUUGAUGAUUUUGCAUUAAAAGGAGAUUUAUAUUUGGUGUUCA